ACAUGCGGCUUACAUACCCGAGUACGGGAGAACGAGACGCUGCCCGUGCAUAUACUGGAUCCGAACACUUGGUGUUCGUUGCAUCCAUUUUCGAAGCACGAUCUUGACAAGAACAUGGACCGAUAGAUGUUGGCUGGCAUGAUGACGUUGUAGAGUCCUUGGUGUUCUUUCCGGCCUUUGGUUCACCGCCGCAAGUAGUGUUGCGGGUCACCUGCUUGGCGGUUGGAGUGUUCAAUUUUUGAGGCCUUUUCUCCACCGAACGUAGACCCCGAACACCCGCGAAGUCAUUGCCCGCGCUGUAUUUUGUUGGCGCGGAAGGACGGAGACCAAGCCCGCAAGCAGCCGAAUUGCUGUUUGCUGCCCCUAUUGGGACAAAAUGUCCACUGGUGAUGAGAGCAGAGUCAGCCCUCUCACGCCGCAGCGCACACAAGAUGAUCUUCGACAUCGACAACAUUUCUUGCCCAUAGGAACAAUAUUCUUGCACCAUCGUCUUUGGAACCAUGGCCACGUCUGAUAGCGUAGUUGUACUUUCCUCUAACGAACCUUCUGUCCAUACAUCUCAAAAGACCAGCGCGGACGGCCCAAUACAAACGGGAGACAGUCGCCCACAAGAUGGCAAGUCGGAUUGCUUCGUCGCCCGACUUCGGCGACACCUCUCGAGUCCUAUCGAGGUGACCAUCUUCGCAGAGGUCGAACUCCUCAUCCUCACCUUCUGCACCGGCAUCCAAGAUGUCACGACGUUCCCAGACUACCAUUGCUUCGCCUCGAACCAGACUGGUAACACGGUCAUGCUGGCGAUGGCGGUGUUGUUGCCAGAUGUAACACACAAGUUAUUCGUGACUGCAAAUAUUGGAAUGUCGUUGGGAUGUUUUCUGUUGGCAGGAUAUGUGACGGGACAGUUGAGCCACAUUAUAGGGGCACGCUCUCGCGUCUGGAUAGUGUUUUGCAACUUCUUCCAGACAGGAUUGGUCUUCAUCGCAGUGGCGCUGCAGUACACACACGGUGUGCAUUUGGAGAGUCCGCAUACUAUGAUCGUGAUUGGACUGCUCGCCUUCGCAUCUGGCAGCCAGGUAGUGCUGUCGAGGUCUUUGGCUAUGACCGAGAUAAGCACAGCCAUGGCGACGGCUGCGUGGGUGGACCUUUUGAUUGACAAGAAUCUCCUUGCGGUACACAACCGUCCGAGGACACGACGAGCUAGCUUUCUUGCUGCCCUGGUGGCUGGUGGCUUCUUUGGUGCAUACAUCUAUCGCGAGGUUGGCUCGGCAUUUGCCAUACUGAUUUCGGCAGUCGGCAAACUGGUCGUGACGUUUCUGUUCUUGUUCAACGGAAUGGAGAAGUCCCAGGGCAACACCAGCAUUGUGUAGUAGUGUGUCUGAGAUGUGAAAAUGAACGACGAGAUGUGAGCAAUGUUAUUUGAGGUGAAGGAGAAUGCAUAGUCAGGAUCAUGGCGACGGUAUUGAUAUGUUUGAUGAUGAUGGAUUUUCUUAACGCGAGUGAGCAGGACGGCAUUGGGUUUGAAAUCGGUUUUCGUGAAGCAGGCACGAUGAACUGCCAUCUAGAUGGUUAGAACAUGCAUAGCAUAGGUAUCGUCCCUUAGUAUAUGGUUAGCUAAUGAGAGGUCGGAACUAGAUCCCAGUUUCCACAGUUUCUGUGCGGUUGAUUUGUUCGGCGUUCAUAUGUAUGAAAGAUCAUCGUAAGUGCAUAACAUGAC